AUGAUAAGACCGAAACAACAAGGUGGUUUUGGGCUAGGAGACUUAAGAAGUACUAACCUCGCUUUAUUGAUAAAGUGGUGGUGGAAAUUUAAGACGAAACCGGAAGAGCUGUGGGUAAAAGUAAUAAAAUCGAUUCACGGGAGUAACAAGAGCCACAAAAUAAUCCCUAUUAAGAAUAAAUUCGCAGGUAUCUGGAAAGAUAUUGUGAGUGCAGGUAAUGAACUUGGACGCAUUGGGAUUUCGGUUUCAGAAGAGAUAAUAGCGGAAACGGGAUCAGGGAAUGAAGUCAAGUUUUGGAUUGAUAACUGCGAGAAUCAAUGGAAUUUAGGGUGGUUAAGACCUCCAAAUUCCGAAGAAGAAUGGGCUCAGUGGACGAUCAUGUUACACUUGCUGAACAAUGUAAAAUUCAAACCAGGAGCGGAUAGAUGGGUGUGGAAGUCAAAUGAUAAAGGAGAAUUCUCAGUAGCGGCGGUCAGAAAUCAAAUAACAAAUCAAGAUGGAGCGGUAAUGGAAGAAGAAUGGAAGCAUUGGAACAGGUGGAUUCCUCCGAAAGUAAACUAUUUUACGUGGAGAGCAAUGUUAAAGAGGAUCCCGGUUAAAAAGGAACUUAUCAAGAAAAGGAUACCAAUUAACAAUCAUCUUUGUUCAAGAUGUGAGGCUAAUGAAGAAACUGUAGAUCAUGUCAUUUGUGGAUGCAGCAAGUCAAAAACAAUUUGGAAUGCAAUCCUUGUCUGGCUGAAAUUAUCAUCAUCUACCGAGUUCCGAGGAGUAAAAGAUGCUUUAGCAUAUGUCGACGGCUUAUCAGGAUCGAAGGAAUGGAAGAAGGUAAUCAAUGCGGUAUUUCAAACAACCAUGUGGAACGUGUGGAAGGCUCGGAAUGAAAAAGAGUUUGAAGGGAACAUCAGGUCUGGGAUCAACAUAGCGGAGACAAUAAUGACAGAUAGUUUCGUUUGGCUGAAAAGUAGAUCGAAAUUUCACGACUUAAUUUGGGAGAGAUGGGUGGACUUUAACAUUCGAGAUAUAGAGAAAUAA